GCCUUUUUUACUUGACAGUAUUUAAUCCCAACCCUCCAUGUUAGUUUUUCCAUGCAUGGGAGACAAUGGCCACUUCUUCUUUUCAGUGUUUUUGGGGCCUAUGCCUAUUCUUCUCACUUUCACUUUAUUUCAUGCAAUCACUAUCCACCUCUCAUGUUUACAUUGUUUACUUAGGGCUGAACCAAAUGCACGAUCCUCUCCUUACUACUAAUCAUCAUCUUCAGCUGCUCUCUAAUGUCUUUGAAAGGAAAGAAGAGGCAGAAAAAUCCAUGCUGUACAGCUACAAACACAGUUUCUCUGGUUUCUCAGCAAUGAUUAAUUCAACCCAAGCAACAGCCUUGGCUCAGAUGGAUGGAGUGGUUUCGGUGUUUAGGAGCAGAAUAUUAGAGUUGCACACCACAAGAAGCUGGGACUUCUUGGGCCUUACCUUGUCAAGCGGUACUGAAGCGACUCCAUUGCAACUAGCUUAUGGUGAUGACGUAAUUGUUGGAGUCUUUGAUACAGGUGUCUACCCGGAAUCUGAGAGUUUUAGGGAGGAAGCUGGCACAAGGCCAAUUCCAAAAUCUUGGAGGGGAAAAUGUGUAGCAGGAGAAAAUUUUGAACCAACAAAAGCAUGCAACCGGAAGCUAAUUGGAGCUCAAUACUAUCUCAAAGGUUUUGAGGAAGACUACGGUCCUAUAAAUCCGAGUAGCAACCCAGAAUAUCGAUCACCUAGAGAUUUUAAUGGGCACGGGACUCACACAGCUUCAACAGCAGUUGGAUGUAUAGUUAAAAAUGCAAGCUCUUUUGGUUUUGCACAGGGCAUUGCUAGGGGAGGAGCUCCAAAGGCUCGGCUAGCAGUGUACAAAGUCUGUUGGAGUCAAAAUCUUGUCGGGAGAUGCAGUGAAGCAGAUAUAAUGGCAGGGUUUGAUGAUGCCCUACGAGGUGGAGUAGAUGUCAUAUCAGCCUCUUUUGGUAAAACGCCGCCGUUGCUUCCAUUGUUUGAAUCAAGCAAUGAUGUGGGUUCAUUUCAUGCUAUGCAGAUGGGUGUUAGUGUGGUGUUCUCAGCAGGGAAUGAUGGGCCAGAUCUAUCUCUAGUCCAAAAUGUUGCCCCUUGGAGCCUUUGUGUAGCUGCUUCCUCUAUUGAUCGAACAUUUCCAACCCAGAUAUUGAUUGAUACUAACCUCUCUAUAACCGGAGAAAGCUUAACUGCCAAACAAAUAAAAGCAAAAUUGGUGGAUGCAAGUGAUUAUUUUGAGGAUGGGGUUUGCAGGAAGCGUUAUUGGAACAAGAAACGAGCAAUAGGCAAGGUAAUCUUAUGUUUGUCACUAGUAGGAUCAGUGUCAAUUGAUGUGGCUGAAGAAGCAACGUGGACAGCCAACGCCACGGCCUUGAUCUUUGUGGAGCCUCUAGGGAAGCAGAUCAUCGCUGAUGUUGAUAUCCUCCCCACCAUUCGUGUUGACAUUAUCCAAGGGACUCAAAUCUAUCAUUAUCUUGAUAUAUCUCGCAAUAAACCUGUAGUGCAGAUAAAACCAAGUAUGACGAUUAUCAAAAAGUCACAAGCACCUGCAGUUUAUGCAUUUUCUUCCAGGGGGCCAAGCUCACUUUCACCCGAUAUUCUCAAGCCAGAUAUAAGUGCACCAGGGAUUAAUAUAUUAGCAGCAUGGCCAAUCAAAACCCCGCCCUCAAUAUUUGCAUUUGAUGUGCGCUCCGUAAAUUGGAAUUUUCAGUCAGGGACAUCAAUGUCAUGCCCUCAUGUUUCUGGAGUAAUUGCCCUCCUUAAAUCAGCACACCCUCACUGGUCUCCCGCGGCGAUUAGAUCUGCUCUCAUGACUACAGCUUAUACCUGCGACGCAAGCCAUGACAACAUCAUAUAUGGAGGAAUAACAAAAAUUGCCGAUCCAUUUGACAUUGGUGCUGGCCACAUUGAUCCCAUCCGAGCAAUGGAUCCAGGGUUGGUUUACGACAUGAAAACUAGUGAUUACAUUCUCUACCUCUGUAAUAUUGGCUACACCGAAGAUAUAAUAAAACGCAUUGUUGUACCCUCUCCCAGUACCAUUGUAAGUUGUCCAAAAGGAUAUAGAACCAAUGCAAACAUGAAUUAUCCCUCCAUAACAGUUCCAAAUCUCCAGUCCACAAUGACCAUCAAAAGAACUGCUCGAAAUGUUGGCACCAAGAAAACAACCAUAUAUUUUGUAAGCAUUGUGGAGCCUAAUGGAGUGGAAAUAGUGGUAUGGCCUAGGGUCUUAUUCUUUUCAUGCUUCUGGGAAGAAGUCUCAUACUAUGUUACUCUCAAACCGCGAAAGAUAUCUCAAGGGAGAUAUGAUUUUGGUGAGAUAGUAUGGUCAGAUGCAUUUCAUUCUGUUAGAAGUCCAUUGGUUGUGCUUGUCAACACCACGACAACGACUACAACAACUACUACUACUACUUCUACUACCACUACCACUACCACUACCACUACCACUGGGGGUGAUUCUCAUGCUUCUACAAAUCAUGCUAGUAUUUAGGCUCAUCAAUUUGUUUUAUUCUCGAUGUUGUUUUACCUUCUGGAAUUUUUCUAUGUGCAAGUUUGGCAAUAUUAUUGUUCCGUAUGCUACCCAGUACCCAUUGGGGGCAUGAGUCUAUUGUCUUUUGCUUGUUAUCCUCUCGAGACAUGAGAGGUUUUGUUGCCACUUUCGAAAAUAAAUAACAAUAAACUUUGCACUUUCGGGA